AUGCCUGCACCGCCUGCUUUGAGAGCCCACCAGUCCCCAAACCCCCGGCUGGACUUGAUUUCCUCUUUCGAGGGUCCCUCGCCUUUUCUCUCUUUAGUUCGAUUGUUUUUUACAUGUAUCUGGUUGAUUUCGCUCCUGGAGCCUGGAAAUAAAGGAACCGCAAGCAGCCAUCCUUGCUGGGGCGUCUCCGUCCCUCGGCCCGAGGCCUGCACCGCCCUCCUAGCGAUUAUUUUCAACGCCCGCCCUUCUGAGCCUCCCGAGUCUGCUGGCAGAGCGAGGGCCCAUCUCCUGCCGCCACUCGCGAUUUAUUUACACCUCGCAGGUGAGAGGAUUGAUUUGCUCAGAGCCAGAGGGGCCGGGCUGGGCCGGGGCUGCCGGCCUUCUAGUCGCUGCUCCUCGGGGCCGGGCCUCAAAUGUCAGUGCGGCCAGGCCGGAUGGGGGGGGCACCGCCGCCGCCUCUAA